ACUCAGCCGCAUCCAGAACCCUAGCUAGACCACCAGCGCCUCCGCCUCCGCCUCCGCCGUCGCGUGUAGGCGAAGAUGGCGCUCGCAAUCUCGAUGGAAGCCAUAGACGCGCGCGCGCGGGAGCUCGGGAUCGAUCUCGACUCCGUCGACGUCGACUCCAUCACCCUCCCGCCCGGCGAGGACUUCGACAUCCUCAGCGAUGAUGAGGAUUUACUUCAGAAUGAAGACAUUCCAGAGCUUGAGAUGGGCUUUUCAAACAUUAUUGUGGUGGACAAUCUGCCGGUUGUUCCCCCAGAAAAGUAUGAGAAGCUGGAGAACGUUGUACGCAAGAUAUACAGUCAAAUUGGUGUGAUCAAAGAAGGUGGGCUUUGGAUGCCUACACACCCAGAGACCAAGAAGACCUACGGCUACUGCUUCAUUGAGUAUAACACUCCGCAGGAAGCUGAGCUUGCCAGGGAAAAAACAAAUGGCUACAAACUGGACAAAUCUCACAUAUUUGCUGUUAAUAUGUUUGAUGACUUUGAGAAGUACAUGAAAGUUCCUGAUGAAUGGGCGCCGGCUGAAAUCAAGCCAUACACUCCUGGAGAAAAUCUUCUGAAGUGGCUAACUGAUGAUAAGGCCAGAGAUCAGUUUGUGAUCCGUGCUGGGACGUUCACUGAAGUUUACUGGAACGACGCCAGACGGGCAAUGCCUGAGCUUGUGUACCAAAAGCAGUACUGGACAGAUAGUUAUAUCCAAUGGUCCCCUCUUGGAACACACUUGGCUACCGUGCAUAGGCAGGGCGCUCAGGUGUGGGGUGGUGAUGAUAAGUUUGUUCGUCUAAUGCGCUUUGCUCAUCCACAGGUGAAACUCAUUGAUUUCUCUCCCGGUGAGAAAUAUUUGAUCACUUACAGCAGCCAGGAGCCCAGCAACCCUAGGGACACACAUAGGGUCCUACUAAAUAUCUUCGAUGUACGCACUGGAAAAGUGAUGCGGGACUUCAAGGGAAGUGCUGAUGAUUUCACUACUGGUGGAAAUAUGGGUGUCUCUGGUGUUUCAUGGCCUAUCUUCAGGUGGGGUGGUGGAAGAGAUGAUAAGUAUUUUGCUAGACUUGGAAAGAAUGUUAUAUCUGUCUAUGAGACUGAGACGUUCUCUCUUAUCGAGAAGAAGUCCCUGAAGGUAGAAAAUGUGGUUGACUUCAGUUGGUCUCCCACUGAUCCUAUCAUAUCACUCUUUGUGCCUGAAUUGGGUGGUGGAAAUCAGCCUGCCAGGGUGAGUCUUGUGCAAAUUCCGGGCAAAGAGGAGAUUCGGCAGAAAAACCUUUUCAGUGUUAGCGACUGCAAAAUGUACUGGCAGAACAAUGGAGAAUAUCUGGCUGUCCAGGUAGACAGGUACACAAAAACAAAGAAGAGCAUUUACACUGGGUUUGAGCUGUUCAGAAUCAAGGAACGAGACAUCCCAAUUGAGGUCUUUGAAUUGGACAACAAGAAUGACAAGAUUAUUGCCUUUGCAUGGGAGCCCAAAGGCCACCGCUUUGCUGUUAUUCACGGUGAUGGGCCCAAGCCUGAUAUCAGUUUCUACACCAUGCGCGCAGUCAACAAUAACGUUAGUCGUGUGUCCAAGCUCACCACACUCAAGGGCAAGCAGGCCAAUGCAUUGUUCUGGUCUCCUGCUGGGCGUUUCAUUGUUCUGGCAGGGCUGAAGGGCUUCAAUGGCCAGCUGGAGUUCUUCAACGUUGAUGAUCUUGAGACCAUGGCGACAGGAGAACAUUUUAUGGCAACUGACAUCAUGUGGGACCCUACUGGAAGAUUCCUCGCAACUGCAGUUACCUCGGUUCAUGAGAUGGAAAAUGGUUUUCAAAUUUGGUCCUUCAAUGGGAAGCUAAUUUACAAGAUUUCAAAGGAUCACUUCUAUCAGUUCCAAUGGCGCCCAAGGCCACCAUCACUACUUACUCCUGAGAAGGAGGAGGACAUCUCAAAGAACCUCAAGCGGUACAGCAAGAAGUACGAACAGGAGGAUCAGGACGUGUCCAACCAGGUGGGCGAGCAGGAGCGCAAGAGGCGCACACAGCUUCAGGAGGAGUGGUUAGCAUGGGUGGCCAAGUGGAAGCAGCUGCACGAGGAGGAGCGAUCAUACAGGAUGGAGCUGAGAGGCGGGGAGGAGAGCGACAAGGAGGAAGAGGCGGAGUACAAGGAGAUUGAGGCGGAGGAGUUGGUGGAUGUCACAGAAGAAAUUGUUGCCUUUGACCUGGACCAGGAGUGAAAGCACACAAGAAGCUUAUGCUAUAGCCCUCUGUUCAUUUUCUGUUGCCUGUUGUGUAGAUUGCUAUCGUUUUGCAUGAUAGGCUCCGUAGAUCAAGCGAAUAAUUUGUUGAUCUUUCUGCAAGUUUUAUUGCACACUUCUCCUAAAUUUACCCGUCAUGUUUGUGGAGACCAAAUUUUGUGGUUGUAACGUUCAUCAAUUUGUUUUUUCUGGCAAA